AUGCAUAGAUUUUUUAAAAGAAAAGCUCCAGAACCAGAAGAACAAAAUACUGGAAAUGUUACAGUUGGAGAAUUUGAUUUUUCACAACUACCAGCAGAUCCUGGACAAAGGAUUCCCAUUUGUUCUUAUAAUGUUAACAUUAGAGAUCAAGUUCGAAGGAUAUAUUUACAAAAAGGCCCAUGUCAACCUUCAAGUUAUGAAUUCCCAAAACGAAAAUUUGGAGUAAGCCAAUUUAGACGGUUCAAUCCUUCAUGGUUUAAAGAAUUUGGCGAUUGGUUGGAAUAUAGUAUAGAAAAAGAUGCAGCGUAUUGUUUGUAUUGUUAUCUUUUCAAGACAACUAAGGGGAAACAAGCCGGAGGAGAGACUUUUGUUAGUGAAGGAUUCACAAAUUGGAAGAGUAAAGAUAGAUUAAAUAUUCAUGUUGGCCAACAUGAUAGUGAACAUCAUAAAGCUCGAAUGAAUUGUGAAGCUUUGAUGAAUCAAGAUGAGCACAUCCAAUCAAUUUUUCACAAACAGUCAAAGCAAAUGCGAAGUGAUUAUCGUAUCCGUCUCACUGCUUCGAUUGAUUGUAUUAGAGUUCUGUUGCGACAAGGGAAUUCAUUUCGGGGUCAUGAUGAGACUGAAGGUUCUCUUAAUCCGGGUAACUUUCUUAUUCAACUGGAGUUUUUAGGUGCUCAUAAUAAAGAGAUUAAUGAUGUGAUAUUGAAAAAUGCUCCUAAAAAUUGCAAGUUAACAUCACCGGAUAUUCAGAAGGAUAUAGUAAGGGCUUGUGCAACUGAAACAAUUAAUGUUAUUAUCAAAGAUAUUGGUAAUUCAUUAUUCUCUAAUUUAGUUGAUGAAUCUCGUGAUGUGUCAAUGAAGGAGCAAAUGUCAGUUGUUUUGCGCUAUGUUGAUAGUAGUGGGCAUAUAAAUGAGCGUUUUAUUGGAAUUGAACAUGUUACUAGUACUACAGCACUCUCACUUAAAGCUGCUAUUGAUAAGAUGUUCGCUAAAUAUAAUUUGAGCAUAUCUAAUGUGAGAGGACAAGGUUUUGAUGGAGCAAGUAAUAUGCAAGAUUUUAUUGUUGAGGCACUAGAGAGGGGUGAAAUUUCAAGUGGUCGAGGGCUUAAUCAAGAAACUACUCUUCAACGUGUUGGGGAUACACGUUGGGGGUCACAUUACAAUUCUUUGAACAGUUUGAUUUCUAUGUUCUCUGCUGUCAGUGAUGUGCUUGAAAUGAUUUCAGAAGAUGAUUCCAGUUCUCCUGAUCAAAAAACUGAGGCAUUUAAUUUAUUGGAGUCAAUACUUUCAUUUGAUUUUGCAUUCAAUCUAUACUUGAUGAAACAUGUCUUAGGGAUUUCGAGUGAAUUGUCGACGGCAUUACAAAAGAAAGAUCAGGAUAUUGUAAACGCAAUGGAUUUGGUACAACUAUAUUUCUAUACAGAUUUCAUCAACGUGGAUGGUAUUGGCUUGAUGCUUGAAAAUUAUGAACAACUUUUGAGUGUAUCUUAUAACCAAGAAUCUUUUUGA